GGCGCCUGCGUAGCCUGAGGCUGAGGUGGCAGCAGCCAAGCCAACAUGGAACUACCGCAGAUGCCGGAGCUGAUGGGUCUGUCCUUGUUGCUCGGGCUGCUGGCCCUGAUGGCGACGGCGGCGGUAGCGCGAGGGUGGCUACGCGCAGAGGAGGAGAUUAGCAGCCGGUCCGACGGCCAAAAAGCAAAUGGAUUUCCACUUGACAAGUCCUCAAAAUCGAAGAAGCAGAAACAGCAACAGCGUAUUCGCAAGGAGAAGCCUCAGCAACACAACUUCACCCACCGCCUCCUAGCUGCGGCCCUGAAGAGCCACAGUGGGAACAUAUCUUGCAUGGACUUUAGCAGCAAUGGCAAAUACUUGGCCACCUGUGCAGAUGAUCGAACCGUCCGUAUCUGGAGCACAAAGGACUUUCCACAGCGGGAGCACCGCAGCAUGAGAGCCAAUGUAGAGCUGGACCAUGCCACGCUGGUGCGCUUCAGCCCUGACUGCAGAGCCUUCCUUGUCUGGCUGGCCAAUGGAGAAACCCUCCGUGUCUUCAAGAUGAGCAAGCGAGAGGAUGGCGGAUAUACCUUCACAGCCACUCCAGAGGACUUUCCUAAAAAGCACAAGGCACCUGUCAUCAACAUUGGCAUUGCUGAUACUGGAAAGUUCAUCAUGACUGCUUCCAGUGACACGAUUAUCCUCAUUUGGAAUCUGAAAGGUCAGGUGUUAUCUACCAUUAACACCAACCAGAUGAACAAUACACAUGCUGCUAUAUCUCCUUGUAGCAGGUUUGUGGCCUCAUGUGGCUUCACCCCAGAUGUCAAAGUUUGGGAGGUCUGCUUUGGGAAAAAAGGUGAAUUCCAAGAGGUUGUACGAGCCUUUGAACUGAAGGGCCACUCGGCAGCUGUCCACUUCUUUGCCUUCUCCAAUGACUCCCGAAGGAUGGCCUCUGUCUCCAAGGAUGGUACAUGGAAACUGUGGGACACAGAUGUGGAAUACAAGAAGCAGCAGGACCCCUACUUGCUGAGGACAGGUUCCUUCGAAGAGGCAAGCAGCAUGCCAUGUCGCCUGGCACUCUCCCCUGAUGCCCAGGUCUUGGCCUUGGCCAGUGGCAGCAGUAUUCAUCUCUACAACACCCGGCGGGGUGAGAAGGAGGAGUGCUUUGAGCAGGUCCAUGGGGAGUAUAUCACUGACUUGUCCUUUGACAUCACUGGCCGGCUUCUGGCCUCCUGUGGGGACCGGGCAGUGCGGCUGUUCCAUAACACCCCUGGCCACCGAGCAGUGGUAGAGGAAAUGCAGGGCCUCCUGAAGCGGGCCUCCAAUGAGAGCACCCGCCAGAGGCUGCAACAGCAGCUGACCCAGGCCCAGGAAGCCCUGAAGAGCCUGGGUGCCUUGAAGAAAUGACUGUAAGAGGGUGCAGCAGGAAGGAUCUGGCCUGCUGCUGCCACCACUGCUGCUACUUUCCUUCCCAGGUACUCCCCAACUGGAAACCUUUUGAAAGGAGUAUCCUGAUUUUUUUUAAUGGUGACCCCUCCUUUUUUCCAUUGAAUCUGUUCUUACCUACUUAGGUCUUUUGCUUCUUGCUGGUUGUGACUCCUGGCUGGCCUUGACCUCCCAGGGUGUUUUUUCCUCGGCCCAAAGGUUGGAAUCUGUCUUCACUGGGCACUGAGGAAGAGUGGUAAAUAGAGGAGUUGGGGAACAUGGUCUUUGACCUUGUGGCAGCACACCCUGAUACCCAGAGAAGUUUAAAUUGUGGAGGCAAAAUCUAAAGAAUGCUCAAGUAUUAACCAGCAGUGUUGCAGGGGUGGGAGAUUGGGAUAUCUUACACGUACAUAACUGUGGUAUGGGUGAGGAAAAGGCUAGUCUGAAUCCAGGUAAAGUAGAUAACACUAUUAAAAAGUAAGGGAUU